AGUCUGUGGUUGGCCCAAGCUAACAAGCGUCAGCAGCGCCGUCACAGUCAGCGUGCCAUUUCGUUUUCCCUCCUUUUACGUCGAAACAAAUUAAAAUUGUUUAUCUUCGCAAAUUCACCAUGAGGAAAAUAUCCAAAAGUCGUGCAGAUGACGAUGUUGUAUCGUCAACUAAUGGAUCUAUUGCAAAUGACGAUCAAGCGACAGAUGCCGAGCCACCAACUGACCAAAAUGAAAAGGAGGUAGAGUCGGCGAACGAAAGCGUCGACCAAAGCAUCGAUGAUAAUUCCGAUGCUACGCCACCUAAAAAGAGUAAAGGCAAUAAAGGAAAAGGUAAAAAAAGGAAAUCUGAGAAAGAGACGGAAGAAGAAUACGAGGUUGAAAAAAUAAUUGAUUCCAAAAAAAUCAAAGGGAAAUUGCAUUACUUGAUACGUUGGAAGGGAUACUCUGCUGACAGUGAUACUUGGGAACCUGAAAACACUCUAUCUUGUCCUGAUUUGAUCAACAAGUUCAAUGAUGAGAAAGAAAACUCAAAAACUAAAGAAAGUAAACCAGGUAAAAAGAACAAUAAACGGAAGGCAGCAGCAAUCAAGGAAACUAAAAAGGUUGCAAAAAGAAGUAAAAAUGAUUGGGACAGUAAAAGUGCUGAUGAAAAUGCAGAGUAUGAGGUUGAUCGCAUCCUAGAAGUUCACCACAAGAAAAAUGGAAAAAGGGAUUUCCUCAUUCACUGGAAAGGAUGGUCCAGCAAAUUUGAUUCUUGGGAACCAGAAAGCAACUUAAAUUGUCCAGAAUUGAUUAAAAAAUUUAUGGAUAAGGUGACAGUAGCACGCUCUUCCGAUGCUCGUAGCCUAAGAGUAGCUCCGGAGACUACAAACCGUUUCACAUUGCAAGAUCCGUCUUCAGGCCGCAGGUUGAGCAAGAGGAGAGGACAGCGUCAAAGAGUGCGUUACGACAAUGCCGAGUAAUUAUAUAUUUAUUUACAUUCUUUAUCAGGUUAUUGUACAUUCAUUCACUACCAUGAGGAAUGUUAUAUAAAAUUUAAGCUUCGCGAAUAGUUUGAAAAACAAUUGUUAAUAAUUUCUAUUGUUAGUAGUUGCAAUAGAAUAAAAGUUUUAUUUUAUUUUUAAAAUCCUAGAGCUUAUGUUCAGAUGAUAGGCGUUAAACGUACGUUUGCAACUUGCACGAAUUUGUAUGAUGUCAUCUUUGUGCAAACGUACACACGGCCACAGUGUUCGUAUCAUAACAAACGUCUAUUAAUAAGUAAAUGUAAUCUGUGCAAACAUACAUACUUUUUUUAUAGACAUCAAAAAUGAUAAAAUAUGGCUCAAAGCACAAAAAUCUAAGAUGGACACACUGAAAUAUGAGUAUCCCCAAUUCCCCACCCUUUUCUCAGAUUUAUUAACUCAAGUGGAUUGGGGAUAUUUAGCAAGAUUUUUUUGUUUUGUUAGUCUUUUUCACUAUUUCAAGUAAUUUAUUAAGAAAGCUUGAUAUGUUGGCAAAUUUUGGGCAAUAAUUAGAAGUAUUUUCCCCAACAGCCAGACAGUUUUGACAGUUCCAACUCCUUGCAGUUUUUUUAGGGUAGCUCCCAAAGCCACCAUGACCCAAACUUCAUAAUUCACCAACAUUAUGUACCUAUAUUGGGAGCAUACGCUGACAAACUUUCAGCUUUUAUAAAAUGACGUAAGUCUGGCGUUCACUAGCUCUUAGUCUAAUUAUUUUUCCAUGCCUAUCGGAAAGAAUUAGCUCUCAUUAUCGCCUCGAUAAUUUGUUGUCCGUUAAUGGGUAAAUAUGAAAUUACUUUCUUACCAUUCACGUAUUUGAUAAAAGUAUAUCAAACUGGUUUAUUUAUUUACUGAAAUGAUGCUAUCUGUGACGGCCCAUGGAUUCGUCAAUUCAUUCUUUAGUUAACUGGCGAUUUACAGAUUAGCUCAUAAUAUAAUUAAUAUUGUUUAUGCUUUGGAGUGCUUUUUUUACUCCAUAGAGUUAUUUUAAGUUUCAUUUUACACAACCUCUUGGUUUAUCUUAUGACAGAAUUGAUUAUUACUAUUGCUAAGAACAAUUAGAAAUUAUUAAUCUAAAAAAAGUAGACGACAUUGUAACUGAAAAAGUUUGAAGACAACUUUAACGUUCUAAGGGCCCUAUCUCAUCGCCACCUACUAAAUAUAAUACUAGAAGCUACCUCAUCUGGUAUCGGUUUGGUUGUGCAGCUAAUUUGUUACCGGCAAACGAAAAUGUCUUGUUUGGUAGCUCAAGACUCCACGAUGCAGUGGCGCAGCCAUAGUGUCCCAAUGAGAAAGGGCCCUUAGUUGCGCAUACGUAUUGAUAGAUUCUGAAAUCAAUACAAGAAUUUAAAAAUCGUUCGAAAGCUCAUUUUCAGACUUCCUUUAAUACCAAAGGCGUUAUUAUCAAGAAAAUUGUCUUAAUAUUGAAAGAUUUAUAAUAAAAUACUAUUAUAACUUACUAUUUACCUCUUAAUAUCUAUCAGUAAAGGGUUCCAUUUAGAGGUCUGAUACAGCAAGCAGAUAUUGCAUAAUCCGUCUAAUAAGGUGUUUGUUUUGCUAACUAUUGUAUUUCUUUUUCACAUGUGCACUGAAUCUAGCUGUAAUUACAAUGCAAAUUAAAUAAAAUAGUAAUUUUUUAUAAAAGAAAAUGGUGAUUAUUAUUAUGGUAGAACUACCAUAUUAAAUAGAACCUGAGUUAGGUGUUUAGAACUUUUUAUACUUAUAAAAAUUCAUAAUAAAAAAAGCAAUAGCUUAAUAUUAGUAAUGUCAUGUUGAUUUAGGCAUUGUUUUAUUCUAAAAGACUUGAAAUUCAACUAAUAUUUUUUAUGGUUCAUUUAAAUGUUAUUAUUAUAAUAUUAGAUAAAUAAAUAUUAUACGAGUUGUAGUAGAAAAUAAUUAACAAUUAUUUAAUAUAAGACCAAAAGCUACUUCUAUUAUUUGUUACGCAAGUUCAGUAUUUGUCUUCGCGUACUAAAAACUUUACCCAUCCAAACAUCUUUUAUUGUUUGCUUAUUUCAGAAUUAUUAAGAUGUCGUUUUAAUGCUUUGCCUAAGUACAUUUGUUGCGUUUUAGAGUCGUUAGUAAAGUCUGUGGAUCCGUUGCAUUCGCAUUACAAAAUAAUGUAAGUACACCCGUACAUGAAGAUUUUUACUUAUUGCAUGUCUACAGUAUAAUUUAAGCAAACCUUGGUGGUAAUUCACUGUUUAAAUAGUAGAUUUAUGUAUUGUUCAUUAUUACGUGUGUUUGGUGUAUGACCUUGACAGUCAACUUAGUUUUAAAUAAAUAUAGUUUAUGAAUAA